AUGGGGACUGUUCUGUUGGUGCUGUUAGGUGCUGUGCUAGCGCUCGGACAAAAGAACAAUAUACAUUUUGGUGAUCAAUUUGCUGGAAUUCGUUAUGCGGAUCCCGAUUCUGCAGGAUAUCGUUACUGUGCCUAUUGGGAACUGGCCGAUGGAACGCACUUACACAGCACAUGCGAUCCGUACUCGAUGGACCGGUGUGGUAAACCGGUAUCCUUUGAAUACAAAUGCUGUUCCGGUUUUGAGGAAGCUCCGGGCAUGUUCUACGCUUUCGGUGGCCAUAAAGCACCGGUCUGUACUAAAAUGAUCUCACCGUUCAAUGAUUGCACGGAAACUGUGCUUCAGUCUGCUGAUUAUGCGGCGUUUGCUCCGGGACUGUCCACUGUUCACCAGCUUAAACAAGAAUAUCCGGACCAACCGUACACUAUCUUUGCACCGAAAGUUGGAGACGGUGAAAACGGGGACGGUCCACUACAGGUGGAACAGCACGUAAUAAAAGGACGAUUCUAUGUGGAAGAUUUGAAGGAUGGCAUGGAACUGGAAACACUGGAUGGAAAACGAAAGUUGCAUGUGAACAAAUAUCCUUAUGGUGUGACCACUGUUGACUGCGUUGAGUUGUUGGACGCGGAUCUCGAAUGCAGAAGUGGCUUGAUUCACAAAGUUCGUCAGCCGUUGGGUGGUAGAUCGGUCGGGCCGAAUGUGGAUCGCAGUUCCGUGCUGAGCUUUUUGCAAACUUAUCCGGACACCCGGGGAUUCGCGGCAGAUUUACCAUCCUCCGUGAAAUCCGAAUUGGGAAAUGUAGCCUCGGGUAAACGGUACACCGUUCUUGCUCCACGUAACCAGGCGUGGAACGCACUCAAAAAUCGCUAUCCAACUCAGCUUAUUGGCCAGAUCGCUAGUGGUCAUGUGCUGCCGGGACAAGUGUGCUCUGCUGGCUUGGUUCGCACUUCAACUGUGCAACACACCAUAGACGGACAACCUGUGGAUAUUGGAUGUGAACUGACGCACGAUUCACACGAACGACGAUUCGUCAAAUCCGCAUGUGGGAAAAAGCAUGAACUGGUCGAGACCGACAUGACAGCUGCGAACGGUGUGAUUCAUCUGCUCGACGAACCCAUCCUCCCCGUAUCCGCUUAUUUACACAAACUGUUCUUUGUAGCCUACUCCCUGGAGGAUUUGAAAAAGAGCAAGGAGUGCGCAAAAGAGCUGAAAAUCACCGAAUUUAUCAAACUGUUGGAGGAAUGUGAUUUGUACAUGGAGCCCGGAACCAAAUAUGCAGUGAUUUUACCUCUGGAUGAAGCCUUUGAUUGGUGGUCUCGCUAUGAACAGUUCCGCGCGGAGUAUCAGCGUUUCCAGACUGACAAGGAUUAUCGAUGUCGCGUUGCACGAUAUCACAUUGUGAAAAGCGAUAACCGAUUGAAGACUAUUAAGUCGUUUGCCAGUCACACGUUGGGACAUCGAACAAAUAAUAAGAACGAUUUCUUGUAUGAGAUAACUUAUUUCAAGAAAACGCCAGUUGGUUCCGAACUUCACUUCCACUAUUCGCCGAUCCCGAACAUGCGAGCUUUCGAAUUGCAAGAUGCCUCAAUCUACUUCACUCCACGCAUCAAUGUGAUUCCCGAGAUGAAUCUGACUGACAUUCUUGCUUCACGGCCGGAUACCACAUUAACCAACGAUAAAACUGUGGAAGCACGCAUGAAUGAGAAGCACUUCCAAAAGAAUGCCCCGAAAAACUUAUACUUGGUCACCACCGACGACGGAUGGAAAGACCCCCGAGCAAAACCAGGCAGUGCCAGUCCAUAUCGAUCGGAACUUAAUAUGUACAAAGGCGAAGCAUUGGAAAAGUUCCUUCUCCUACACCACGUACCCCUAUACCUGUGGGGUGGUGAUAUUGGGUAUUUCGACAAAAACACGGUGCAUAAAUUCAUGUCCUCUGCUGGAGUUGAGCUUAUUUUCUGGAUGGACGAGAAAGGCGUAAUGCGAAUUGGUUAUGAAGGGUUACCACGUAGCGAAUGGGUAAGUCAAUAUUGUAGAGAUAUUCGUUCAAUCGUGGAGUGUGAUAGCACUAACUGUAUCAUAUUUACGGUGGAAAAUUAUACCUCCAGAUCAUUCUAA